CUCAUCAACCCAGUCCACUCCUCACGUGACUCCACGCACCUCAAUAACCGAUCUAACGUUAGUCGAUGCAUUGAAAUAAGCAAACCAGUGCUGAAAGAAAAUGCUUUGAAUUCUCAAUUAAAUUUCCCCUGUAGGUCAGCUGCUCUGCAGUAAGUCGUCAUGAUGAUGAGCCAGGAUCGGACGUUGGCCAAGCUGAAGAAGGAUGUCCGCUCUCUACUACUCUCUUCCAAGCUGGGUCUGAGUGCAGAGCAGCUGAGGAAGGACUACGUAUGCAUGCUGGGCCAGCGUAUGCCCCUGAAGGAGCUGGGCUUCCGGAGCAUCCUGGAUAUGGCCAAAGAGAUGCCUGAAGUGGUGUCGUUCAUAUACUUGGAAGACGGCAGCUUUGUUCUAAAAGCGGUCUCUGACGAGAGCACUGAAGGCAUCAACCAGCUGGUCUCCAAGCAGCGGCUCACCAAGCCCAAGAACAAGAGGGGGUACCUGAGGUCUUUCCCCAUGCGGUACCCCCGCCCCAUGGCCCCUAUUAUACUGCCUCGGUGGGGCCGGGCACCCCCGGCCCUCCCUGCCCAGCUCAGAUCUCAGCUACGUCAGCUGAUCUCCCAGGGUCCGCUCCGUCUUUCGGAGCUGGAGAGAAGGUUCCAGCAGUGCUUCGGUCACCCACUCCGCUACACUGACUACGGCUUCUACUCGCUGGGGGACAUGCUGGCCCGCGUGCCGGACCUCUGCAUCCUGUAUACCAGGAUGGGCUCCGUUGUCAGCUUCAAACAGCCGGAACAGCCGGGGCCUCAGUCCAGACCUCAGUCGCCCAAAACAGAAUCUGUGAAGCCUGAGGCCAUCAGACCCUCUCCCUGCUUAUUCUCUCCUUUAAAUCCAAAGACUGGGCUACUACAGCCUGGACAAAGCUCAGCACCGUCACAGUGUAGUCCGAGCCAGAGGACUACUUCUGCUACCCAGAAUUCCCUGGUGCCUUGUUGUAAAAGUUGGGAUCCAAUCAGUAAUGGGUCAGAGCGGGUCCCAGAUAACGGACCCCCACAUCAACCAACAGGCCCAGAACCUCAACAACCCUACCAAGAUGGACAGCUCCUGGAGAAGUUCAUGUUCAAGCUGGAGACGGAGCUUCGUCAGAAGAUUCUUGAGAACGGCUACGCAGGUUCCGUGAGUCCGGAGCUGAAGGACAAGCUACAACAGCAGGCUGAUACGAGUUACACUCUGCAGGUUGUUCGAGACCACAGCCAGGGGCUGUCUGUUCACGACCUGCCUACUCACUACAAGAGGGUGUUUGGUGAGGAGCUUCCAGUGCUGCAGAGUGGGUUCCUCAGCGUCACACAGCUGGUGGCGGCACUGAGUGACGUCUUCCACCUGGAGCCAGCAGGGGGCACCAAGGACCCCCACUGGAUAGUCAAGAACCUCAGCAACAAGCACACUGAGUCGGCAGAGUGUGGGGGAGAGGAGGGGAGACGGAGAGAAGGUUGUCUGUACCAGAGCAUCAGGCGCUCCCUCUGGGAGCAGCAUGAAGAUGAUGACAAGGAGGAGAAAGAGGACCAGCCUGAUCCCACCACCUGCCUCACCUCCUUUCUUACCAACCAGCAGUUAGUGGAGCUGUACCCAGCAGUCCAGGUGCGGUCAAACUCUAUGGUCCCUCUGGACGCGGUGCGGGCCCAGCGUCUGAGGCCCCCCACCCGGCGCUGGCCCAGGGCCCUGGCGGCCGUGCUGGUAGAGCAGGUGGAAUCCCCCGGCAGCUUCCACGUGCGUUUCAGCGAGAGCCAGGAGGCCCGCUCCCUGGAAGACAUGAUGAUGGAGAUGAGGGGCUGCUACAACAGCUCUGGGGUCGCAGCACGCUACCGGCUGCCAGAGCGCUACCUGCGGCCAGGGCAGGUCUGCUGCGUGGCCCCCCGGGACCUGUGGUUCUACCGCGUGGUGGUCCAGCGUGUGCUCAGCCCGGACCAGGUGGAGGUCUACUACGUGGACUUUGGAGACCUAAACCUGGUCUCCGUGGACAAGCUCAUGUUCCUCAAAUCCUGUUACUCUCAACUUCCUGCUCAGGCUGUCCCUGCAAUGCUCACGGGAGUCCAACCCAUCUCUGGCGACUGGAGCGCUGUGGCCACUGCCUCCUUCCAGAGCCUGUGCAGCGACCGCACGCUGGUGGCUGUCCUCCACGGUUACCACGGUGACGCGCUGCAGCUCUUGCUGUGUGACACCCACACGGAGGACGACCGCUACGUACACUCCGUCUUGCUGGAGCAGGGCCACGCCCGGCCCUGCUGCCCCCCCGGCACCACUGGGGGUGUCCGGGACCACCUGAAGAGUCUCCAUUUGAGAGAGGCGCUGAUUAACCUAGAGGACGAAGAAGAGAACGCGACCACAACCAUAACUCCCCAACCAAUCACAGGACAGCAUUGUCAGUAUUCGGUCCUCGAAGAGGAGUCACUUUCUGAACCUCCUGGUCUGGAGCUUGUCGAGGCCUUCCACAACUCCACCAAAACACUGAACCUGUGUGAGUCCUGGUUGAAGAGGAACCGCUGUAGUGAGGGGGACCAAACCUGGGCCUCAGGUGGUUCAGUGGAGGACUUGAGACCCCCAAGUUUCACCAAACUCCCUGAGCUAGCAGCAGACCACCAGCCCAUUGAUCUGCCCUGUGUUUCCCAAGCCCCUCCCCUUAUUUGCAAUGGUAACCUUGCCACCACCUUGACCAGUUCAGAGGAGGAUAGCAGACCCGGUGGUGACCCGGCACCGGCCGUUACCCCUGACGCUUGCAGAGCGCCGAUGACCUCCCUUGUCUCCUCCCUUCCUCCUAUUCUGACCUCACUCAGCCUUCUCACCCCCGGACUGGCCAAGGGCUGUUUCUACGGCAUACCGGGCACCUCCCUGCGAUCUACCGGUCCCGCCAUGAGCUUUCCGCUGUUUGGGGGCCGCAGUGUGGCGAUUGCCAGCAGGAAGUGCGACUAGCUGACCCCGCCUUCAAUUUGCUCCCGCAUGAAAAACAGCCAAUCACGUCGCAGGAAGUGAAGACGGGUUUGUAAUACCGUUGUUUGGUUUACCAGGGUUUUAUUGUUCUACAUGGCUCCUAUUUUUGCUUCCUGCUAGUGAUUUUUUGAGAGUUAUCGAACUUGAUAUUCAUCUUGAGUCUCCGACAACAUGCAUAUUUGGUCGUGCUGUUUUCUGUGAUUGGCUUAUUUGGUUGUAGUUUGUUUUCAAUGUGUUACUGUUAACUUAUGUUCAUGUUGUUUUGGGUCAUGUAGUUAAAUGAUGAUAUUUAACGUGGAGAACAAGGGUAUAUUGCCAAAUGUGAAUGUAAUUUAGAGAAUAAAACCUUAUUUCAUCAAUUAUUCAAAAUAAAGAACUUAUUUUUU